AUGGAGGAAGCUAGGAAGACAUCCCCCGACUUCAAACAAGCCCCAAAGUCCUCACGCGCGAGCUCCCACAGGGCGCGGACAGGCUGCAUCACCUGCAAGCGGCGUCACGUCAAGUGCGACGAAGCCAGGCCUCAUUGCUCAAACUGCCGCAAUGGCAAUAGGGUGUGCGAGGGCUAUGUGGCCACGGCAGCCAAGAGGGCCCGGGUUCCCAGCACAAUGCAGGUUUGCUGGAAUUCCAAGUCGACCACGGGCACAAGAGGCACAACACCGUCGUCGUCGCCGAUGCAUUCUGCGUCGCUCCAGGAGGCCCGGCUGAUUCCUACGACGCUCGGUGUUAAAGAUGACAAGGCGAGGCUGUACUUUGAUGAGUUCGUCAGCCUGGUGCGAGGCCCGUGGAUCACCGCAUCUGCCGCCUCUGGGGCUGACCUGUGGGAGGUCACCCUGCCGCAGCUCGCGCGCAGCAAUGCCACGAUCCAGCACGCUGCCAUAGCCAUCGGUGCAAUGUCUCUGUGGCAUCGUCAAUCCCGGCUGGACGGGGGAAGACCACGUGCGCCCUCUGUGUCCACUGUGCGCGCCCCUGGGUUGACAACAACAGAGGUAGCGAUAGCAGACGCGCAUUACCUUGAUGGAGUGGGCUACUAUUGCCAUUCCCUCAAGCUACAGAGCCGCAGCGAGUCAAUUCAAGAUGCCGUAUUACUAUCUGUUCUCCUGCUCACCUUCGAAACGCUGCGAGCAGAUCGCCAGGCUGCCUUACAACAUGUCAACCACGGCCUGUCCCUGCUCCUCGCCAUCGCCACUGACCAGAAUGGGCGGUUGGACGCCCUGGCACCAGAUCCCAGACCGAUUCUCGAAUCAGUGGCCGGUGUGUUCACGCAUCUAGCAACCUCUGCCCGCUCCAUUCUUCACGGCCGGAUCGGCCAAUGUCGACCACUGCCAAACUUUGCGGAGGCGCUGAAGGCCCAGAAGCAGACCCUGCACUCUUUCACAGAGCUCGUGAGCCGGCUACCUCGCGCUUCUGCGGCCGUCGAGAAUGUACCGGCAGCCUUUGGGACACUUGAGGAAUUCGAAGAGCAUUGGGCCGCCGCUCGGCAUCGCCAACAUGCCAUGGAGGCGAUGAUCGUGGACAUGGUAAAAUCUUCAGGCGUGCUCGAAACGACGAGCGUCACUGAGAACGAAGACUUUUGGGUCCGACUUAUGGAGAGCCCCGACAUUCUCAAGGUCUGUGCCGACACGCGUGAUUUGAUAGAGGCCCUUGCACCCGCUUUUGAGCCUCUCUUCAACAAGAUCAUCAUGUCCGAUGGGGUUGGUUCCCGGCCCUACCUGCGAGCUUUACAUCUCCGCCUGCAGUACAUGGCCACCUACGUGUUCGCAAACCCCCCCAAGUACCUGGAUCUCGAAUCACUACAAGCACAGACGCCACUGUUCCGCGAGUACCUCUCACUCGUGGACCUGGCCCUGCGCGCACUCUCCUUCCACUGCGAAGUAUCAUGGUACCUGUUCGUCAUAUCCAUAUUCUGCCGCGACCCCCUGGUGCGCGAUGAGGCCCUGUGUAAGCUGCGAGACUACCCCGGCCACGACGGUCUGUGGGACGCGCGCUCUCUCUACGCCCUGGCGAGGAGGAACCGCGACGUCGAGCUGGCGAACUCGGUCGAGGGCACGCCCCUGCAGCAGUGGAGGCGGCUGUGGCGCCGCGAGUACGUCUUCGAGGACGGAGGCGCCCGCAUUAUAUUCCGCUACCUGGAGAAAGACGCGCCGACCGGGGAGUGGCAGCUGGUCGAGGAAGCAGCUGAGAUAUGGGCGGAUUCUGACGAUGUCCGCUGGGAACGGCAGCCUUUGACGGACGAGGGAAGGCUGCUCAUGGGCACCACGGUUUCGUUUUGA